AAUGUGACCUUGGGCAAGUCACCCCUGAGCUCCGUUUCCUCCUCGGUAAAAUGUGGGGGUGGGACCAGCCGGCCUCGGGGGUCCCUUCCAGCCCCAGAUCUAGGGUUUCUCUUUUGCGUCUGGCUCCAGUACCCCCCAGGCACACAAUAGGCGCUCAAUGCUUCCUGACUGAGGUUACCUGUUGAUUGCAUGGUCAGUAAGUGAGUGGCCGCGGCAGCCCCACUACUGGGGAGACCCUCUACGGCCUCCGGACCUGGACCGGGAUGGGGGGUGGGGAGGGGCCCGGAGGCACCUCCGCCGCCGGCGUUGCCGUCGUCACGGAGCCGGCCCGCCCCGCCCCCCGGGCGGGGCCAGCUCCCCCGACGGCGCUGACUCAGCAACGCGAGGGGCGAGGUUUGUCCCUCGGCGGACCCCGUUUAUCCCUCCCGGCCUCGCCGGGGCCGAGCCAGUUUCCUCUUUCCGGCGCUCGGGGUGUCCGCCAGCCCUAUCCUGCCGCUUGUCCCGCUCACUCCAGCCCCGCUCCGCUCGCCCCGGCGCCUGCCCCCGCCCGCCGGACCCGCACCCGAACCGGACCCACACCCGGACCAGCCGCCGCCAGCGCCGCCCCCGGCCCGCCUCGGGAACCCCGGACAGCGACCGUUACGAGGCCGCGCGCGCGCCGACCUCGCCAUGAACGACGCUAUGUGUGACCGGCCGGCGGGCCUGAACCUCCGCAAGGUGGCCGCUGUGAUGCAGAAGCUGAGCAGCGACCCCCUGUUCUCCCUGGCCCAGAACGUGGGCAGCACCCACGACCUGCUGGACGUGUGUCUGCGGCGCUCCACCGUGCAGGACACGCAGCAUGUCUUCCAGCAUGCCGUGCCCCAGGAGGGCAAGCCCGUCACCAACCAGAAGAACUCAGGGAGAUGCUGGAUCUUUUCAUGUCUGAAUGUCAUGAGACUUCCUUUCAUGAAAAAGUUAAAUAUCGAAGAAUUCGAAUUCAGUCAGUCUUAUCUGUUUUUCUGGGACAAGGUUGAACGCUGUUACUUCUUUUUGAAUGCUUUUGUGGAAACGGCCGAGGAACCGGAGGAUGGAAGGCUGGUGCAGUUCUUACUUACUAAUCCUGCAAAUGACGGCGGACAGUGGGAUAUGUUAGUCAAUAUUGUCGAAAAAUACGGACUUGUUCCUAAGAAGUGCUUCCCUGAGUCUCAUUCAACAGAGGCAUCUAGAAGAAUGAAUGACAUUCUGAAUCACAAGAUGAGAGAAUAUUGUAUACGACUUAGAAACUUGGUAAAAAGUGGAGCAACAGAAGAAGAUAUCUGUAUCACCCGGGACACCAUGAUGGAAGAGGUCUUCCGAGUGGUCAGCAUCUGCUUGGGCACCCCACCAGACAAAUUUACCUGGGAGUAUCGAGACAAGGAUAAGACUUACCAUAAGAUUGGACCCAUCUCACCCUUGGAGUUCUACAGGGAACAUAUCAAGCCUUUCUUCAACAUGCAGGACAAGAUUUGUCUAGUGAAUGACCCUCGGAGUCAGCAUAAGUACAACAGGCUGUACACCGUGGAGUAUUUGAGCAAUAUGGUUGGUGGGAGAAAAACCCUGUACAACAACCAGCCCAUUGACUUCUUGAAAAAGAUGGUCGCAGCCUCCAUUAAAGACGGAGAGGCUGUGUGGUUUGGCUGCGAUGUUGGAAAACACUUCAACGGGAAGCUGGGCAUCAGCGACAUGCAGAUCUAUGACCAUGAGCUGGUGUUUGGUGUCUCCUUGAAGAACAUGAACAAAGCAGAGAGGUUGACUUUUGGUGAAUCCCUGAUGACUCAUGCCAUGACCUUCACGGCGGUCACGGAGGGUGCUCAUGAGGGAACAUAUGAAAAAUGGAGAGUGGAGAAUUCCUGGGGUGAAGACCAUGGCCACAAAGGCUACCUGUGCAUGACAGACCAGUGGUUCUCUGAGUACGUAUACGAGGUGGUCGUGGACAAGAAGCAUGUGCCAGAGGAUGUGCUCGCCGUCCUGAAGCAGGAGCCCAUCGUGCUUCCGGCCUGGGACCCCAUGGGGGCUUUGGCCAAAUGACUCCCAUGGCCUCCAGCUCUCACUUCCUCAAGCACAACGGGAAGUCCUGGGGACUGAAGCCAAAGUGGAGGAGGUGAUGUUGAUGUUGCCGGGCCUAGUCAGACUCCUGGUUUGCUGAGCCCCUCGCUCCAGGAGCCUCUUGGGGAAUUGUGCUUUCUGCUGUACUGUGGAAUCCAAACACUCUCAUUUCAGACAGGCUACUCUUUAAAAACAAAAAGACCAGGUCAUACUGUUUCCUCUCCUCAAUCCCAGUCACUCAGGCUCUUGUCACAAGCUCUGCCUGAUUCAGAGGGAGGGGGGAGGGGGGAAAUCUCUUAGUGUUUUAAUCAAACUAAAAAAAAAGAAAAGAAAAAAUUGAACUCCGUAGAGCAGAGAAAGACCUUUAGGCCAUAGGGGGAUGGAGACAGUUGGGCUGCUUUUCCCCAUUGCCUGUGGUUCUCAGGUUUCAGAUGGAAAAUGUCACCCUAAGAUUUAAGCCCAUAGAGCUGCAUGCCACUUGACCAAUGACGGAGACUCUGCCACUGUGGUCGCUGAAUUUCAUCUUUUCCAUUGUAGCUUUAUCUGCCUCUACCAGCUUGGGAUGGGGAUGGGGAUGGAGGGCGCCAACUUCAGCCUGCUUGCCAUGGCUUGGAGUUACAAGGUGGGGGGAGGGGAAAGGACACAUCACCACCCGCUAAAAUCCCAUUGAAGUUGGGGCUCAGGAAGUUGAGGUGAGACAGUGACCAAAAUCAUAUCAUGACCUGAAUUUAAAAAAAAAUAGGGGAAUCUCUAGCCAAAUGGUGUCAUUUUAAACUUCUGCAUCUGAAGGGGGGCAGGGCGGGAGUGGGGCUGCAUUCUUUAAGACAACUAGAUGGUGCUGUGAAGCUUUGGAAUAAAACAUUUUCCUAAAUGAGA